AUGUUGAGGCUGAUGGAGCAGAGAAUGAUGGAGAUGCAACGGAAGCAUGAAGAGGAGAUGGCUGCAGUGAGGGCCGAAUGUUUGGCCCAGAUCGCUAAAAGUAAGAAAGGGGACGGAGGCGAGCAAGGCGAGGGGGCCGGUGAGAAGCGGACGCCGCUUGAGGAGGAGAAUAGCAGCGCCCACGCCGAGGGAAGAGAGGAGCGGGGAAACAAAGAUAGUCAAUCACUAGUUAAGGUGGAGGAGGCGAGCACAAUGGUGCCGUUCGUGCGUGAAAUAAUGGAAGUCCACAUAUCUGAGCAAUUUGUACCGCCACAAUUCAAAAUGUACGAUGGAACGUCUGACCCGAACGCCCACGUUAAGUCAUUCAUCAAUGCCAUGACCUUCCGGACCGGAUGCGACGCUAUUUGGUGCAGAGCGUUCUCUUUGUCUCUGGAAGGAGAAGCUUUGGAAUGGUUUAACUCGCUGCCGGUUAAUUCUAUUGAAAAUUUCAAGAAUUUAGGAGAAAUGUUCAAGAGGCAGUUCGCCGCAAGCAGUAUGGAGGAUGUGACGAUUGUAGACUUGAUGAACUUGAAGCAGGGUAAGGAAGAGUCUCUCAAGUCCUUUAUGGACCGGUAUCAGAAAACAGUCCGCAGAGUUAAGGGCCUAAGUUUAGAAUUAGCCCUACAGUAUGUGAUGCCGGCAUUAAGACCAGGUCCUUUCAAGGACAGCGUGUGCCGGAAUCCUCCCGUUACCAUGGAGGAGUUGAGGAAGCGGGCAACCGAUGAAGCCCGGGUGGAAAACAUGAAACAAAGCUAUAGGCGAGAACAGCAAGAAGCUAAGGCGGAGAAGGUGGACAAUCGGAGAGCUGAAGGUCAAGGAAAUAAGCCGCACGUGCCCAGACUCAGAGAGGGGCCGAGGGGCCCCAGAUUCCCACAUUACACUCCUCUUAACGCUCCCAGAGCUCGGAUAUUGCAGGAGGCUUUAAACACCUAA